UGUCUAUUCUAUUCGUUUCUUAGUUCAUCAUCGACCUUGAAAGAGUUUUGUAAGUGUCUAGAGCAAUCAACAUCAUUCUAGAUAUUCCAGAUUUCAGUCGAAAUGAAAACAUUGCUUUUUAAAGCUCAUAUUUUUCUCACACUGAUUUUUCAGAAUAUGGCACUAAAUCCAUCGUCUUUGCCGGUUGUGCAUAAAAAAUUAGAUGUUGUGCCGCUUGAAGACAUACAGAAGGUUUUGAAUAAGGGACUUCAGACCAACUUCCAACAUGUUGAGGUGACCCUUGUUGAUUGUCCAGAUCUAACUAAAAAACCGUUUACAUUGGCCAAACCAGGAAUUGGUGGAAGCACAAAAUUGGUGGAAGUUGGUGGACCUCCAUACUUACUUCCAAAAGUCCAGAGGAACAAAGUGUAUGAUCUGAAGGAUAUUGCAAAAUUGGCGAAUGCAGACAAUACGUUCAUCAUUGGAGCAGGUGCUGGACCUCAUCCCUUUGCAGGAAAAAAUUGUGAAGGGAUUUUCAACCUAGUACUUGAGAAUGGCACUGUCAAUCAACAAACAAGAAUAGCCAAAGUGGCCCCAGUCAACGAAAACUGCGAACAAGAAAUUUUACCAAAUUCUGAAACAAGAAUGGCACUUUUGGGAAACUUGUUCUUCUCAGAGGGUAAACCAAGCAAGGUUUUGAAGGUCCACGCCAAGGUGAGGACUGGCAAACUAGAUUUUAUAGCCAGCAUAAGAGAAUGUCUGGAAAAAGAGUAUCCAGAUAAAUUGGUUGGACUCGGAGGAACGUUUCUGUUGAAAGAAGGGCAGGCAAAACAGCACGUUAUGAGAGAUUUCUCGAAAACUCCAUUGAACAAUGAAGAAGACCUGAAUAACUGGCUCAAGUUCUAUAACAUGUCCGCUCCUUUAGUUGCAGUUGGUACCCUUGUAAAUGGAGAUGGGGGAUUGGAUCUUCGAGUUCAACAUUUCCACAGCUUCAGUAACCAUGGAGAAGCUGGACAUUACCACAAUGAUAUUACUCCCGCGACUGUAGAGUAUCUUGGAUAUUUCAACAUUGGUGAAGAAAUUUACAGGAUUGAUGCACCAAUAGAAACCCACACAUUUGGUAGAGACUGAUUUUUUAGUCUGAAUGUAAUUUUAUUCUUAGAAAGGAUAAUAAAAAAAUCCUCC